GCAGGCAGUCCUUUAAGGCCGUAUUUACAGCUAAAUGUAUGUUCCUCAAAAUGUUUUGCACAGCACUCAUGGCUGUAUGUAUAUCCAGCAUCUCUGUAUAUAUAGUACACUGUAUUAUGGAGCCGUUAGCUUGAAGUGUGGAAACGUUUAAUGGCUUUUCUUUGGUGACAGGGUCUUUAAAGGCAAUUUCAAAUAUUAUUUUAGGGAAGAGAUUUAUGUGGUGCCUAAAAUAUGUUUCUGGCUUGCAGGCCAAAUUAUGUCGGUGCUCAUGCUCCUGGCAGCGUGGAGCCGCCGCGGGUCCCGCUGACAGCGAUGUAGAGGUGGUGCUGGCAGAGCCCAAGAAGCCCUGCGACAUGGAGGAGCUGUACAAAGAUGCCCCAAACCUGCCUAUGGAUGUCACCAACUCACCCUCGGCGAUGGCCAACAACAAGCUGGAAAAUGGGGUGGCCCAGCUGAUCACAGCAGAGGCGUGGAACAUCAACUCGGCCGACCUGAUGAAGAAAGCCCUUUCCCCGCUGGUCGCCGGCAGCGCAGCCCCGCAGAUGCCGGCCACCAAUGCUGCCACCCCCUACGUGAUGACCACCCAAGGGCCCGUCCCGCUGCCCGUCCUCCUGGAGCAGCACGUCUUCCAGCACCUGAACUCGCCCCUGGUGCUGCCCCCGGGGGCUGCCUGCCCCGCCAGCCCCCUGCACGCCGGCCUCUUCCCCGGCACCGCCACCCCCGUUGGGCAGCCCCAGCUCCUGGACCCCAAGCCCUCCGGCCAAGCGCAGGAGCCCGUCCUGCCGCCGGUCUUUCAGACGCCGGGAUUCGCCGCCGUCCUUCAGGACCUGUUUCCCUCACAGGGCGCCCUGGGCUCAGCCCCCUGUCAGCCGACCCCCGACUACGCCACCCUCCCACCCCAGGCCUUCAGCUCGCCCCUGUCCCCGCUGGUGCCGCCUGCUACGCUGCUGGUGCCCUACCCCGUCAUCGUGCCCCUGCCCGUCCCCAUUCCCAUCCCCAUCCCUGUCCCCAUCCCUGUGCCCCACGGCGCCGAGGCCAAGGCGGCCCCUGACCCACCCAAGCCGCCACUCUUCACCCCCCACUCCUGCAAGGGCACCCAGACACCCCUGGAGAAGGAGGAGACGAAGCCCUUCGAACUCCUCCACCCACGGGAGUUUCCCCAGCUGAGCCGUCACACUGUCAUCAAGAUGGGCGGCGAGAACGAGGCGCUGGACCUCUCCAUGAAAGGGCCGCCCGCGCUUCGGGCCAGCGAGGCCGCGCCGGCGCCGCCGCCGCCGCCUCCCGAGGACGGAGCGCUGGACCUGUCCCUCGCCUCCUGCCGCAAGCCGGGGGCGCCGCACGGGGAGGCGGCCGGGCCCGGCCCCGCCGCCCCCGCCGAGGUCGGUGCCCACCCCGCGCCGGACAAGCUCCCGGGGCCAGCCGCCCCCUUCGCCCCCUGCAAGCCCCCGGAGGCGGCGGGCAAGGCGGAGGGCAGGGCCGCGGGCGGCGCGGCCGAGCUGCUGCGGCAGCCGCAGAAGUGGCUGGUGGAACAGGCGGGCAGGGCGGGCUGCGAGCCCAAGGCCGGCAACAACAUCGAGAUCGUCAGCACCUCGCAGACGGCCAAAGUCAUCGUCUCCGUCAAGGAUGCCGUGCCCACCAUCUUCUGCGGCAAGAUCAAGGGCCUGUCGGGGGUCUCCACCAAAAACUUUUCCUUCAAAAGGGACCUGCCCCAGGACUCGGUGCUGCAGUGCUACGAUGUGAAGAGCCCGCCCGAGCCCCGGGACAGCGCCGAGGCCCUCAGGAAACCCGUCAAAAACAGGAGCGUAAAGCUAAAGAAAAUGAACUCGCCGGAGAUACAUAUUCUUCCAAUCAAGAAGCAACGGCUGGCUGCCUUUUUUCCAAGAAAGUAAAUUAUGGGUUUUUAGAAUUUUAAGAUUAUUAUGAGAAGAAGAAAAAAAAAUAAUAAAAAAGAUGCACUCGGUUUUAAACUCAUUUAAAACUUUAAACUAUCUUUGUAAGUUAUUUUUGGGGGAAGAGGGAGAGGAUUGGAUGUACAGUCCCUAUAAGCUGGGUUGGUUUGGUUUGGGGUAUUUUUUGGUUUUUUUUUUUUUUGGUUUGUUUGUUUGUUUUGAGGGUUUUUUUGGUUACCAAAUUUUGACUUUUCACGGGAAACUGAAUAAAAAGCAACCUAUUUUUCAAGCAGAUUGCACAUUUUGCAGCUUUAAUGGAGUAAUGGAUGAGUCAGAGGGGUAAGAGCUAUUUUCACUGCCAUAAAGUGCUUUGAUGAUGUAACUCUUCAUAACAGUCGGAAUGGAAAUUUCAAAAUAAAUGUUUGUACGUGCUAAUUGGUUGCGGCAUUCUUUUCUCAUUUCUGAAUCACUCUCAGUCUACACAGAAGGUCGUGCAAAAAAGUCUGUUAAGCUGUAAAGCGCCACAACUGACUUGUGAUGAGCGUAAAAUGUUAAAAAAAAAGCAGUCUAAGAAAAAUUAUCUCGUCCCACAGCAGUGUCAAAGAGCAUUUCACAACAGCUGCUAACAAUGCACCCAAAUGAGCUACCAGAGAAGUGAGAGUGAGUGCUACAGCCUUGUGCACACCUUAGACAGGUUCACUGUGAGAGACCCAUUGCAAACCAUCUUAAGUAAUGUUACCAGUCAUUUAAAAUAGAAAAGCCUAAAAGUCAGGGGAAUUCAAUUGCCCAGGGGUAGGAGGGGAAAAAAGGAUCACAUAUUUUUUUCCCAGCCUGACUACAGCUAUACGGAGAACUUGUUUGUUGUUA